AACAAAAUAUGUCAAAAUGUGAAUUAAAAUUUUGAUUUUGAUGUAAUCCUAAGCAAAAUAAGCCAUCCGACUUAAGGCCUUCAUCACAUGUAUUCAGAUUUGGAAAUAUCGCAGUCUAUUUACAUUAAAGUAAACUGUAGAAUUUUUCCCUCAAGACACAGUUCUCCAGGAGUGGAUACUAUAAAGCUGCUUCAUGCCCAAGAAAUGCAUUUGAAUGGGAAGCAUCGUCACGACGUCUAAAUUGUACCAAUGCACACAUGUAUCACUGUAGUCCAUAUAAGGCAUCUCAGCUCUAUGAGUUUUGCUACGAACAUAAAGUAUUUGAAGUUAAAAAAGGACACUGCCUGGCAUUAACGGAAAAUGGCAUUUUAAAUCAAGAUGAAUGUCGUUAUUUUUCUCAAGGCUGUCCUAGCGAUGACUACUACAGUAACGAAUCAUAUAAAUAUCAAAGUUGUUUAAGUAUAAAUGGUAAAUGUUAUACGGAGGAUCGUUAUUGUAACUGUCUUGAAUCAAUAACGAAUCCAACAGUUACAUAUAUAACGGAACCGAUUGAUGAAGGAACAAAACCAAAUAAUGCCGACAUAACCAGAAGCAACAUUGAUACUAGAUCAUCAGGAAAUGAAAACAAAUACCUCCCCGGUUUUAUAGUUUUCGUAAUCAUUUUUUUCCUUUCGAUAGGAUUAAACGGCCUCCAACUGUACAUGUACAAAUGUACAUGUCAAAAUUUAAGACCAGGUAAUCAGGAAAACAUGACUGAGGAGGAAAGAAUGACACUAUUUCAAUCUGCAAACGGCAUUGAAAUUACCAAACCAAGAUACAGAAGACUGCAGAGCAAUUUUCAAAAUGAGUUUCCUCAGCUUUAUCAGAUGAUCUUAACCAGUUAUACAAUAGAAGAUUCUGAGUUGUUUCGACUGUUAAAACAAAAAUGUAUUAUUGGAUCACACCUUGGAUUUCAAUAUCUUGUUGAAUCAAGAGUCAAUCCAAAUAACAAAAUGGAAAUUUUCAAGCAGUGUGAUGCAAAUGGAUGUCCGCUCUUACAUUAUGCUGCUCAAGGUGGGUCAACUAUCAUACUCCGUGAUAUAAUAGCCUAUGGUUCGAAAGACCUUUUAAGAUAUAAGUGUAUACGAGGUCAACAUGCUCUGCAUUUUGCAAUCAGAUAUAAACAAUACGAUAUGACAGAGGAUCUCAUUGGAAGAUUAAGUAUUGAAUUUAAUCAGACGGCAAAAACAACAGGUACAGGAACAAGAGGCGUUUGCGAAAAUCUAGAAAGUGGUGAAAAACAAACAAUGGAAAAUGAUAUCAAACAUGCUUGGGGAGAGUUUGAUCCAGUUUUCUGGGUUGCAUGGAUAGGCAAUGGCCAGUUGCUACAUAUUUUAAAGAAAGCUGAUUAUGACAUUUCAAAAACAACAAAAACCGGACUUAAUAUCUUACAUAUUGCAUGCAUGAGUGAAAAAUUAAAAGAUGAUGAUACAUUUUGCAAACACCUUCUAAUUAAUGAGUCUAACAAAAUUGAUCCUGAAAGCACCGACUUGUCCGGAUGGAAUGUAUGUCAUUUUGCAUCAAUGUCUAAUUUCAAGGUACUAAAAUUUAUUGACGAAACCCCAAAUUUAUGUCAUAUGAUAAUGCAAAAAACCAAGUCAAAGAAAACAUGUCUGCAUAUUGCGUGCGAAUAUGCUCAGUAUGACAGCGUCAAACUCCUAGUUACAAAGUUUAAACAGCUGAUUCAAUUGGAAGACAAACAUGGAUGGAAUGCAUUGCAUUUUGCUGCUAAAGGUGGAAACGUAGGGAUAUUAGAAUUCCUCCUCAACGAAAAUUUGAAGAUUGGUUCUUUAACUAAAGACCAUAAGACAAUAUUACAUAUCGCGUGCCUUGGGAAGAACAUAGAUAUUUGUCAAUAUGCUGUUAACAAAUUUUCUGAAGAACUUUUGGAUGUCCAAACAAGUGAACAUAAGCUUACAGCUGUACAUUAUCUAGGAGUGCAGAAAAAGGAGCCUUCAGAUGGAAGUGAAGAGGAAAUUCUAAAAAUCUUUUGUAACAGUAAAAUGGAUCUUAAAGCGGUGUCCUUCAAAGGAUUAACUGCUUUAGACAGGGCAAUUGAUCACCUUGACACAGAAGUAAUUCGGUGCAUGCUUAAAAAAGAGUAUAGAGAAAAGUGUGGGGUCACUAUCCCCGUUCUUUCCAAAUACUUAGAGCCGGAAUCAUUCAUCAAUAAUGAAAUCAGAAACAUUAUAGAAGAUGCCAUUCAAGAAAUGAAAUAAACAUCACAAAUACGAAAACUUUCAAUGAACGAUAAAUUAAAAGCAGAAGAGGUUGCAAUUUUAAAGUUGAACACACAGAUUCAAAACUACAACUUUUAAAUUGUCCUUUUUAAUCUACAUAAAAUGUUUAUUAAAACUACAUUUUUGAACAAGUACAACUACAUGUACUCGUAUAAUGUGUGUAUUUUUUGCUCUACUAUGAACUUUGACGUAUUAUUUUGUGACAACAUAUUGAUCCCUAGAAUUAAAAAGUUGCAUGUACAUACGUCAUGCAAAAAUGAUUAAAGUAAAUGAUGUCAUCACCAUUUUUUGAAAAAUGUUAUUGAAUUCAAAUCGUAGAAAACAAGUUGGUGAGCUGUCAUUUAUAUGCAUUAACAUUUAAAACUUAAAUUUAAAAAAAAAAUUGUCGCCAAAUAUUUCUCGAUUUUAAAAAUUUAUUUUUACGCAUGUUCAAUAUAUAUUUAGAUUUGAACUGGUCCUGUCAAACAACAAAUGAACAGACUUAAAGCAUGUAAAAAUAUUGUUUUCAGUAUGCAUAUAUAUCGCAUUACAUGUACCAAUGGAAUGCUUACGUUUUAAGGUGGAAUACUGUGACCAAGAUUUUUAGUUUAUUGUAUGUUGAAGUAUCAUGAAAAGUGAUAAACAAUUGUUUAUUUUUUUUAUUUUUGUUUUUCAAACUGUGAAUGAAUCUUCUAAAAAUGUGUCUAAUGAAAAGAAAAUGUAAGGAAAUCAUUUUUCAAAGUAUGGCCGAUCAAAUUGCUAAAACAUUAAAUAUCAUCAAUAUUUCUAAAUUGGAAGCAUAAUAAAUCAUUUGAAUUAAAUUGAUGAGUAACAAUUCAAAGCCGAAUUUCCUAGUUUGUAAAUGAAAUUGUCCUACGUUGAUAUUUUCUAUCAUUUGAGUUAGAAUUUCUUUUAUUCAGAUCAGGUGAUAUUUGCUUUUAUUUGAAGGAAGAGUAUCAUUUCUUACAUUAGACCAAUUGUAAUUUUUUUAACAAUGUUGUUACAUUCCACCUUAACCCUUUUUAAGCAUAACGAAGAGACGUUUUAAAGAUUUAAUACCAUAUUGUAUUAUUUACUCUGUUUUCUUGUUUAUGUAUCUAUUAUUUUAUUUUUUUUGCUUACUUGUACAUACAUAUGUUUGAGGAAGGUCAUAUGGGAAAUUAAUGUACAAACCCGUUACCAUCUGUA